CCCCACUGACCAUUCACCACAAAAAUGUUCACUGGGAAAAACUACAAAUUGUGGUUCACUGGGGCUAAGAAACUUCUCCUAAAGUAGAAAAUGCAGACUAAGUGGGCCUAAUUCACCAGCAGAGCAUUUACAGAAUAGCCUACAUACACUCACCGGCCACUUUAUUAGGUACACCUAUCUAGGACUUGGUACGACCCCCUUUUUGCCUUCAGAAUUGCCCGUUCCACCUGAUCCCAAAAGUGCCGUCCAGUUUUGGUAAUUGUGUGCCUAAUGUCACGUUCUCUCUGUCUACCUAGCUGCCAAAAAAACUUACUGUGCAUAAAUAACUGUUUCUUGGUAAUUCUCUGAUUUACAGUAACUAGAUUGGAAUUUUCUGCCAAUUCUCUGAUGUAACUAGAUUGGAAUUCUCUUCGAAGGCGGGAGGUUCAAGCAUGCAUAUUAGCUCACAGAAGCGUUUUAGCCACAGUUAGAUGAGACACAGAUCAGAGCACACAACUUCGCCUGAAAGAUGCCUGAGUCACUGUCAUCCGCGUCUUCAACAUCGAGUGAUUUCUCAGGCGCAUGCAGCAUUCAUGGAAAUGCUGUGGUCGUCUACUGCAGAGACUGUGAAGUGAUGGUCUGUGACACCUGCCUGACCGACCGCAGUCAUCACAAGCAUGACUUUGUUACGCUGAAGAGCGGCUUUGAAUUACAGAUCGAGGCAGCGACAAAAAGAGUGAAGAAGCUUAAGACCAGCCUGAUGAUGCAAACUGCUAUCAAAUCUCAGGUGACUAAAGCGAAGAAUGACCUUGAGGAGAUGUUCACCGUGGCAAAAGAAAAUGUAGCAGAGCAGUACCGGGAGAUACGGGAACUGAUGGAUCAGAAUAUGCAGCAGGCGUUCCUGCUGAUAGAGGCCCUGAACCAGAGCAUGAUUCAGGACAUGGAUCAACUUGUUCGAUUUGGGGAAGAAUACGAGGAGAAGAAGAAAUCCGUUCAGCAGACUGUGAAACAGCUCCAAAGAACGCAGGACACAGAUGAUGCUACCAUAAUCAUGAAGAUUGAUGAAGUGGAAACAGGAAUUGAAGAAAUAGAAGAUUAUCACAGAAACUUUUUGGAUGUAAUAACGUUUGACAACAGAAGACUGAAGGCUCUUGAAGAUUCCAUUUCAAAGAUUGUGCAAAAGAACAAGGAUCUGCUGCCCCGGCCAUGGGAAUUUGGAGAGAAUAUCACUUUUAAUGAUAGUGAAACUCAUGAACACCUGAGGAUUUCUGGAGACAAGACCAUGGUGCAAUACGGCGUAUCGCUUUACCCAAACAAAAGGCAAAAAAGGAAGCAAAAAGAGACCGUGGCCAAUGUUCUGGCUUCCCAGUCCUUUACUGAGGGGAGUCACUACUGGGAAGUGAAUGUAAGGAACACAGGACGCUGGACUGUAGGUGUGGUAGAUCAGGGCUGGUUGAAGAAGGGUGUCCAGCAGGCUCUGGGCCAAGACAGGCUGUCAUGGGCUCUGCAGAUGGAUGGGGACUCGCUGGCAGCCCUGCACAAUGACGACACCAUCAUGAUCAGAGAGUCAGUGAUAGAACGGCUAGGAGUCUUCCUUGACUUCAAAAAGGGUAGACUGCAGUUCUUUAAUGUUCUCAGCGGAACUGUCCUGCACACGUUUGCGGGUAAGUUCAAGAAUCCCCUUUUCCCUGCCUUCAGCAUUGAAUCUCAAGAAGGCAGCACAGCUGUGAUGAGGCUUUGUGCCCUCAUGCCGAAGGAUUUGGAGAGAAGUUAUAGCAGGGAGGACCGGAGAAUGUCAUCAGAUUCAGGCCUUGAGAGAGCUAUGAACUGAUGCUUUUGAACGAAGCAUGGGCGAGUUUAGAGAGGACGGUCAGUCCAUUACAUCUACAAGCGACGAUCC